AUGAGCCACGAGGCCGGCGGCGACGAGAUAGCCCUCCGCCGCCGCCACCCGCCGACGGCCGCGCCGCUGGACGACGAGGACCUCCUCGGGGAGAUCCUCCUCCGCGUCCCCCCGCUGCCCUCCUCGCUCCUCCGCGCCUCCCUCGUCUCCAAGCUAUGCGGAGGCGUCGCCACCGCCCCCUCCUUCAGCCACCGCUUCGUCGCCCACCACCGGAGGCCCCCCGUCCUCGGUUUCUUCGAGAAGGGCGACGGGGAGCUGGUCUUCACACCCAUCCUCGACCCCCCUGCUUCCGUGACGUCGCCUCCAAUAUUGCAAAGGCUCUCCGCUCCAAAUUUGUUUUGA